AGUGGCAGGGAGCGGAGCACCUCAGGUCUGUUAGGGACCGGGGAGAAACACUUACAGGUUCAAAGGGCUUUAUUCAAAUAUUUAAAAGAAACAGGUAUAAUAUCUAGAAUAUAGCAUUUUAACGUUGGUUUGUAGCUCGCUAGUAAAUCAAAGAAGAAGAAGAAGAAUUUUGUUUGUUUGUUUUGUUUUUUGUUUUUGUUUUGUUUUGUUUUCCUUCCCCCCUCAAUCCCUGGGAAAUUGUAGAUUGUUUUACUGACAACACUCCAGAACAGAAGGUGGCGGUAAUGCACCAUUAAGCAGGUUGCCAACUGCCGUUAAAGAAGAAGAAGAAGGGGAAAAAAAGAAAUAGAAAUUCAUACUGCAGUAAUUGAGUCAACAGGACAAGUCACAGAGGAAAGGGGAAGAAGUGAAGACAGCAUUAUACAUCUCAGAUGAAAAGGAGACACUGGUGACCCAGAAUGGAGGAUUUCAGGUGGACGUACCUGCGUCUGUGUAAGGAGGGAGGUGUGGAGCCUCAGGAGAGUGUUGUGGCUCAGCUCCAGGAGAGCAGGGCUGCUCAGGGCUCCAGGCUGGACCUGAGUGGACAGAGCCUGUCUGCAGGUACCUGCUCUGUGCUGGCCAGGGCCUUCCAAAAAGAUACCGUCUUUACAGAGGUCUCACUCAGUGACUGCAUGCUCAGCGAGGAAGGUGCCAAAGUACUUCUGACUGGACUUUUUGGCAACACAACUGUAAAAGUCUUGGAUCUGAAGGGGAAUAACCUGAGAUCGACAGGGGCUGAGGUGUUGGGAAAGCUGUUGGCACAUAACAAGUGUCUGCGUAGGCUGGUGUUGGAGUGGAACGCUUUGGGGGUGUGGGAUGAAGCCUUCACACUCUUUUGUGAGGGUUUGGCCUCCAACAGCAUGCUGAUACAGCUGGACCUGCGCAACAAUCAGAUCAGCCACCAUGGAGCAUCCGAGCUCGCUCUGGCACUCAAAUGCAACAACACGGUGGAAGUGCUAGAUCUGAGGUGGAACAACAUUGGUCUGCUGGGUGGCAGGUCUCUGCUAGAGGCUCUGCAGAAGAACAAGAGCAUAGUGCAGCUGGAAAUAGCAGGGAACAACAUACCUAGUGAUACUCUCAAAGCACUUGAGCAGACCACAGGGCAUAACUCAGACAGACAGUCCACCCUGAGAGAGAGCCGCAGCAGGACCCAAGUCCUCAGCAAGGAGAUUCAUACACUAAAGGAGGAGAAGGGCCGGCAGUUCUUAAGCCUGAUGGAAACCAUAGACCGGCAAAGGGAGGAGAUAGGACGCUCAAACAGGUCCACCUCCAUUCAGCUAGGCCAACUCCAGGAAGCUCUGAAUGAGAGGAAGUCAGCUGUCAACUCUCUCACUGCGAAACUACAGAUGACAGAGGCUGCCCUCGCCCUCUCUGAGCAGAAAAACUACAACAUGGGAGAGCUGCUGACAAGAGUAAAGGCUGAGAAAGAAGAACAGAGGGAGCGGCAGAGCAAACAGAGGAAGAAAGAGCAAGAGGACAGUGCACUCAGAGAGGGCAGACUCCUCAGAGAGAUCCAAAACCUGACAGAAACCAAUGUCCAACUCAGGAAUAAAAUGGAGGAGAUGGAGUGCAGAUGUAAGUCUCAGCAGCAGCAGAUCUUUGAGCUGAAGCAGGGGCUGACCAACAGCACAGCAGAGCUUAAGCUGCGACUAGCACAGGCAGAAGAUCGCCUGGAAAUAGAGAAGCGAAGGUACAAGCAAGCUCUUGAGGAUAUGGACAGUCUCCGCCAGAAGGAGGUGGAGCAUGUGAAUCGACAUCUAGAAGAGAGUGAGAGAGCCCUGCAGGAACGCAUCUUCAAACUGGAGGGACAGCGGAUACAAGUGGAAGAGGAACUGAGUAAAGCUAAAGCAGCGUGUGUGACAGAGAGGGCCGAGGCAGAGGAGGAACUGGGAAGAGUGCGAGCUCAAGUGCGUCUGGAGGAGCAGGAGCAUGUCUCGUCCUUGGAGGAGAAGCUUCGCUUGUUGCGUUUCACCCUGCAGGAGGUCCAGCUCCACUGCUCCCAGCAGAAACAGACCAUCUCUGAGCUGCAGGCCAAGAACAGCCAUCAGAGCAUCGAGACUGACGCACUGCGGCGCAGGAUAGAGGAGCUCCAGCAGGAGCUGUCGGGUAAGGACCAGGAGAAGGUGGCUGAGGUGAGCCGGGUGAGGGUAGAGCUGCAGGAGCAGAUUGGACAUUUACAGGCAGAGAGGACGGCACAGGGAGGACUCAAAGAGAAGAUCAGUGCUCUGGAGAGAGAGAUUAAAGUACUGAGCAGUAACCACAGAGAGGCGCUCCUCGACAAAGAGAGUGAGAUGUCUUCCAUACUGGAGAAGCUGCGGCUGAAAGAGGCAGAGAUCCUGAGGAUGAGGGAGGAUGAGGCCCACAGAGCCAGCUACCUGCAGAGCGCCAUCCUCACCUACGUUCAGGGCUCCCCUCUGGGACACAGCAGUUCCAAGAAAUGACCCAGAGACCUCAUCCCCUCAGCCGUAACCUCUGAGCCCUCACUGGGUUCCUGCACAGGUCAGGACAGUCUGAAGGAUUUUAAAAAAUCAUGAUUGUCUGGACUUGAAAAGUUUAGAAAAGACAGGAAAACCACAGAGAGGCGCUCCAGGAGUGUAACAGUAAUAAAGUAAGAAGUACUCAUCUUAACAAGUAAUUUAAUCUGGUUUCAUAUCAUUUUGCCCCAGUAAGGAUGGCAGUGUUGGUUGGUAGGUCAGCCCAUAUUGAAAAUUUAAAGGAAAAUUCUAAUCAUUUCUAUCUGUUAUGAUAACAUUUUAUUCACUAAAGUAAUAGCUGAGAUCUGGGAACACGAUGACAUCUCUAUAAAGACCGACAGGUCAAGAAUCACGAGCAGUCAUAUGAUCAGAGAGGUUGGAAACAAGAGAAAAGUUUAUCUAGAUUAUCUAAACCACUUUAUCUGGAGAUAAAAGUAAAAGUGAGCACAUCUGAAAUGCCUGAAAUCCCUCACUGUCAAAGCUUAAACAGGAAUUAGCUCUGUAAACAAUGGACAGUUUGGGUUAUAAUUUUACUGUUCACUUAGUUUUCUCUUCCAAAUAAGUUUGGCUAACCUACCUCCAGACCUCUCUAUCACCACCCCAAUCUUUGAUUUGUUCAGUGAUUCAAGUAGCUCAGGUGUUGUGCUUAUUGACAGAUGUUUCAGGUUCCAGGUCCCUACUCACAGCUGUUUUGUGAAUAGGGUCCUGGAAAUAUCAACAAGCAUGGAUGAGAUGAACACAGCUGUACACGCUGUUGCACAUCCACUUCCGGAAAUAACAACUCUAAAGCAACAUAUUUCUUUGAUUGUUGUGAAAAAACAUAGCAACCACUACCACAGCUUCUGUGUCGACUGAAAAUGACAUCCGCUAGACAGAUAUGUCACUUGUUACUGAUUGGUUAGGGCAAACCAAAACAAAAUACCAAGUUGUCAUAAAUUAUCCUUAGAAGGCUAGAUUAAAUUUACUGAAGUUUGCAAUUUUCUUCGCUGAUCUGUCAGUCUGUCCAUCCAUCGAUCCGGUCCUUAGCUUAUCAAGACUAAGAGUCUACAGCCAUGCUAGUGGCUGUGCUUUGAGCCAAAUGCUAACAUCACCAUGCUGACAUGCUCACAAUGACAAUUAUAACAUGCUGAUGUUAAGCGAUAUAAUGCUUAUAUAUACAGUAUGUAGCCUCUCAGUGGCUUUAAGUUUAGGCUUAGUCGCUAUAAGGGGGACAUGAAUGUGUGUUCACUCAAAACCACACCUCAUGGUGGUACUAGAGGAAAAGUCAGAGGAUCACCAAAGUCAUUAGGAUACAUAAUCUAGGAACCAUGAAUGUCUGAUUUCAUGGCAAUCCGUCUAAUAGUUAUUGAGAUAUUUUAGUCUGGACCAAAGUUGUAGACCGACCAACAGACAGACAUUGCCAUCCCUAGAGGCAUGCCGAUAACAUGGCUAAAACCUACUGGCCCGACAUCCAUGACAAUUGUUGUGGAUAUUCGUGGUCCCCAGAAGACGAAUAUUGCAUUUUUAGAUCUUUAGAUAAAUUUAGCACACUAAUGAGGGGAUGAACGACUCUAUAACCUUUAAUCUAGCCUCAGGGCAAAAUACACGUUUUUACCCCCACUACUAGUGAAGUUCUAUGAAAAUCUCAGUGAGUUGUUUAUUGAGUCCAACUCCUUCAUUUUGUGGGGUGUAAUGAACACGUCAGCCUGUAGGGCUUUACCCUUUUUUUCUCUUUUUUUAACAAAAUCAUCAUUUAUCAGUUUUUUCGCUGUCCAGCCCCAUUCUGUUGUACUCAUUCUUGUUCUCCUGUAUGCCUAUCUGUAUAUUGUAUCUGUCAAACCAGAUGACCACCCCUCUCCAGUGCAGAUGCAGAGAGCAGUAAACUGAUUAACAAAAUGUUAUCUGUUGUUUUUACAAAUUAUAUUUUAUGAAGAAAGUCCAAAUUAAACUCUGGAUGCAGUCUUUUGCUGUUUUAUAUCUUGACAUUUUUUCAGAUGGAUAUUUGUCAUUUUAUUUUUUCAUGUGUGCUUUUACCAUUUUGCUUACAUUUUGAUUACAUGGGUUUUUAUAGCAGUUAAAUGUGAUUUCUAAAAUAAAUGUCUUGUGAUUUUUGUGUGGAUGAUUUAGUGAUUGAUCUGGAUUAGUCUAUCAUUCUAUUUAUAUGAUAACAUACAGUAUUCAGAGUGUGGUGUGUUGCUGGGGUUGGGAUGUAUGAGGUCACUAGACUUGAAAUUACAACCUAAGAUCCUUAAGUGUCAAGAUAAUUCACAUCCAUUUGAAGCCGAAACCUUUGUCUAUACUUCACUGUAGUUCCUGCACUUUAUUAGGUGAUGAUAGAGGUUUAUCAAGACUAAAUGAGGCUGCAAGUAUUUUGAGAUUGAAGCUAUUGGUAGCUGAUAUUUUGAAUACUGAUAUUUAGUAACUCGAAUUUUGAUUAACUUUAUGCUUAAAAGCAUUCCAUUGAUUUAUGGGUUUUCCCCUGUAAUGAAAGUCUUGUUACUAUGGAUGAACCACCAUCAUGUUUCUCAUGUCAUUAUUAAUCGUGUAUUGGUCUAGUACUGCACCUAUAUAAAAUGAGAACAUUAAUAAAUAGCCAUCAAAAUGCUUGUUAACCA